AUGUUUAGGGAUAGAACGAAUUUGUUUCUUUCAUAUCACCGCACAUUUCCGCGCCAGCGGUCUGUGUAUAAUUCAGGCCAGGAAGCUAGUGAUCCAUUUUUGGGCAGUAACGAGAGUAUCCAGGAUCUUGAAAACCAUUCUGCAUCAGAAACUUACCCUAUGGUUGAUUUCUCAAGGAAAGCGAAUACCCUGCCGCCUGCUUACUUUGACUUGACACAUGAUUUGGAUACUAUUUUGGCUGAAAAUGCCGACUGUAUCAUACAGUUAACAAAACUAUACCGUAAGAACCUUCUUCCGGGCUUUGAAGAUAAAACACAGGAUGAGAAGCAGAUUGAGGAAUUGUCUUACCAGGUUAUUUCCAACUACCAGAAGUGCUAUUCAAUUAUGAAGCGCCUUCAGAACAUCAAGGAGACGCAGGUGUACCGAGGGACGCAGCUACGUAAGGGGGAAUUGGUAAUUCUGGACAAUUGCUGCAAGAUGUACGCUGUAAAAAUCCAAAACUCGAGUAACAAGUUCCGAGUAAUGCAGAAUAACUACUUGAAGUUUCUCAACAACGAUGAUUUCAAGCCAUUGCCGUCUGUAAAGGACGAUGAGGAGAAUCUGGCGUUGCUGGAGGAAGAAGAGGGCCAUGCCAACCAAUUGGAGGUCGAUUCAUAUUCGAGGGAAACGUUAAUGAAGCAACGGCAGAAACACCAGAAUACAAGGCUUCUUGAACAGAGGGACGAGGAGAUCACAAAAUUAGCGAAGGGAGUGCUAGAGGUUAGCACGAUCUUCAGAGAGAUGCAGGCAUUAAUUAUUGAUCAGGGCACAGUGAUUGAUAGAAUCGACUACAAUUUAGAAAACACUAACGUCCAGUUGAGACAAGCUCAGGGAGAGCUGACUGAAGCAACUAGGUAUCAAAAAAGGUCACAGAAGUGUCGGGUGAUUUUUUUACUGUCAUUGUUGGUGUUGUUAUUGUUCGUCUUCGUGCUACUUAAACCGCAUAGGAGUGAACGACAUAGCGAUAAUAACGAUAAUAAUAAGGACGGGAAAAACACAGGAAACAAGCCUGAGGAUGAUGUUGUUCCUGAGAUUGAGGUGACACCCCCGGAAGUAUCUUAG